UUUUUUUUUUUUUAAUAACAAGAAAAUUUAUUUUUACACAUGUAGCUGUCAGUUAUGGGCCCCAUAGCAUGUAUAAUCCAAAAAUGCUUUACUUUCUAUCUUCUGCAAAGACUUCUAUGACAUGUGAGAGCAAGAUAUUCUGGGCCUAUGUACAUAUAUCUGGACUUGGGAUUGGUGAUUUACGUCUUUUAAAUGAGGACAACAAGUUCACAUGCUAUCAGUUAAGUUACCAAGUCGUGAACCCCAAAUUAAAAAGCUCCUGUGAUGAUCCCAAGUGGGUUUCAUGAAUUCAGAUAACGUGCAGCUUUGUGUGUCUGCUUGAUAUGGUUUUCCAUGCAGUUGCUUGAUGCACUGGAGCUAAGUAGACUUACCAUGAAGACUGUGAAGCAAAAUCUUUGGUGGGCCUUCGCAUACAACAUUGUAGGAAUCCCCGUAGCAGCUGGAACGUUGUUGCCUGUGACUGGAACCAUGCUAUCACCUUCAAUUGCUGGUGCACUUAUGGGGUUGAGUUCCAUUGGUGUGAUGUCGAACUCAUUACUUCUCAGAUUGAGGUUUAAAUCGAUAGAGAGAGAUAUACACAAAACAUCUAUGCACGUCAAGGCCCCUUCGAAUGCUGAAAAUACAGGGAAUAAAAAUGCAAGAUUGCAACCCCAAUAUCCAGCUGCUAGAUGAGGUUGAAGCGGUGAAUCGUUUGUACAUUCACUAAUUAGAACACAGAUAGCAUGGUGUGGGAAGUCAAGUGACUGAAUGUUGAAUCCUGAAUCUUGCUACAGCUCUAUAAAACCCCAAAUGAUUUUGAUUCUUCUUUCGGUUGUAAAAGAUUAAUCGUUUCGGAAUGUAAUACAAAUAUUUCAUGCUUAGAAAUUGAGAUUUUCACA